AUGGACUUUAUAUCCAACAUUGGAAAUAAGCGCAACAGCCGAAAAACCAACAGCAGACGGCCCUACACCAGAAGAACGUCCAUAUCUUCAGUGUCAAGUAUCUCGACCAGCAACAAUACCAGUGCGAGUAACAGCAACAAUAUCAAUGCUAAGAAGGAAAGGACGCUGGCAUCGCUGAAUAGGCUGGAUGUGUUUCCUAACUAUACCCCUCAGCCUCACAAUGUUUCAGUGGAAUCAUUUAUCAAUUCAAGACCAGAUAAGCUAUGGAUCAAUACGGAUUUCUCUCAUUCCAAUACAGAUGAUGACGAGGAGGAUGAAGAUGAGGAGGAAAAGGAAGAUUUGUUUAGUCAAGUAGCAAGACAGUUGGAUCUGAGUGCAGAACAGUUUGCCAGUUUGUCUGAUGAGCAAUCACCCCUCACGCCUCGAGUUGCAGUGGCCCGGAAAGCCAGGCCCACAGCAACAAGAAAAUCAGCGCCAUCCAAGUACAUUAGAAUGCUUUCCAAGCAACAGCAGCGAGAAACUGGCAUCAGCUACGAAUUGAUUUUAGAAGCAUCGUAUUACAUUAGAACAUCAGACAGCUGGCUCGAGUGUUUUAUUGAGGAGGGUGGCAUGCAAAUCAUAGCCAAGGAACUUGGUGCCAUUCACAAAAAGCAGGAUAGAACUCAAAAUGACCACAAAAUUGAACUAGAGAUACUCAAAUGCUUGGAUACCCUGAUGAACAAAAAGUCUGGCUUGCAAGAAGCGUUCAAGCACGCCCGCAUCAUUGACAACUUCUGUAUAUCACUUAUAUCACCCUUUAUACCAGCAAGAACACAGGCUUGUGAAUCAUUGACAGCGUUCUGUUUCUUACCCAACGGACGAUCGAUGGUUCUGCAUGGCAUGGAAUUGUUGAAACAGUAUGGACCCGAGUUUAGUCGAUUUGAUGCUUGGAUGCAGGCACUUGAAAAGACAUUGGAUGGCAGAGGAAAAAUGGGAUCAGCCGUUGGAGCCAGUAAUGACUUGAAAAUGACAGGCAUGGUGGGAGCAGGCGAUUCGCAGAUCACACAGUACAUGUUUAUCAGUAUCUUGUUCAUCAACACACUUAUCAGACCAGAUUUGGUUGGGGAUCGAAAAGAGAGGUUACUGGUGGGAUAUGAGCUAGAGCAAGCUGGCAUCAGCAACGUGUUCUCCAAAAUGGGUGUAUUGAAUCACGAGCACAUCAACCUGGCCAUUCAAAAAUUUCGAGACGACAUUGAAGCAGACACGAUUCAGGAGGAAAUGGAGUCCUAUUACGAUCUGGAUCCAACCAGUGUACUUCAGCUGCUGCUGGAAGCCACUCAAGACACACCCUCAUUCCAGCAUUUGCACAAUAUUUUGUGCUUUCUGCUGAAAAUCCAAGACAAUCCAGAGAAAAGCUACUACCAAUAUCAACUGAUUGAUACACUAGUGCAGCAAGUGGCCAUGGAUCAGACAAACUAUUAUCAUGAAAAUCCCGAAUUUAAUGUACAAAAUCUUAUACCCAAAUUCUCGCAAACCAUAGAAGACGAUAGUAGCAGCAGCAGCAAAAAGACUAAUGUAGAUGGCUCAGAGGAUGUGAUUGGCUCAUUGGAAGCAAAGAUCGAGUACCUUGAAAAGGACCUCAGUUUAGCAAAGCAAAGCAAUGCCAUGCUCAAGAUAUUUUUUAAAAGCGCAGAGGAAAAGUACAAGACAGAGCUGCUAGACACCGAAACAAAGAUGCGCAAACUACACGAUUCUGUGCGUAACCUCACAGAAUACGGCAACCCAUCACCCAAAAGACGCAGUUUCAGAAAUCAGCAACAGCAGCAAACUAUCAACGAGAAAUUACCAAAGCAACCCAAUGCACUGACUCGGAAAAGUACGGUAAAAAAAGGCGAGAACCCACUUCGAAGUUCCUGGACUGCCCCUGUUGUGGAUCACUCGCCAUCAAUACCAUCGCCCAAAUCAGCAGUUUCUGCCGUAGAUAACACCAAAACACAGCCAUCCAGCAAUACUGGGUUUUCGGAAACAUUGCGACAGUCAUUCAAAUCAAAGAUUGGUAAUUUUGUGCGCAAGAGUAGUCAGGAUCCAGUUACCAAGACCAAAUCCAGAGGCACCUCGGUUGAUUCCAACCAGUCGACCAGUAAAAGAUCAGUUACAAAAUCGCCCAGUUUAACCAGCACGAGUCGCAAGAGCUCAACAGCAACCAAUCGAUCUCUCAGCAGCUCACAAGGCUCCACCAAAACGCCCAGCGACAAGGAAAUUGUGCGUUCAUUGACAUCAAGUACUGUGGGCAGUCAUAGAUCGAAAAGGUCAUUGAACGAGGAAGUACUUGCGGAAGAAGAGAAGCCAAAGCGGCUGUCAUCGCCUGCAUUUACUGUGUUGGUGGACGGUGAGCUGGCAGGAUCUCCCAGCUUUCAUUCUCUGGACGAGUUUAUAUUCCCAUCGCCAUUGCCAACAACGCUUUUAGUUGAAGAUUCAGCCACAACAGAUCAGCCCUCUCCUGCUGCUGCUGCCUGUGCUCCUCCUUCGGCUCCUCCUCCGCCGCCACCACCACCACCGCCACCACCACCACCACCUCCACCACCACCACCACCACCUCCACCUUCAUCUUUUGUUGCGCCUGUGUCAUCUGGUACCACGACGCUAUCACAGCAACUACAAAAUGCCACUCACGACAAGCAAUCACCGCCGGCACCGCCGAAUAGUAAUGCUACCAAUACACCAGCAUCGUCUCCACCGCUACCACCUGUGUUUCUUGGUGCAACUGGCAGAAAACCAAGCGCAUUUCAAGCCAAGCAGAAGCUUAAAUUUGUAGAAUGGGAAAAGAUGAAUUUCGUGAAUAUCCAGCAAACGAUUUGGGAUGAGUUUGAGCGAGAUAUUGAAAUGUCACUGCACAAACAACUGGAAUCCUCAGACUCCAUUAUGGAAUACCAAUUGGCCAAGGCAGGCGUCUUUGAUGAUGUCGAAUUAACUUUUGCUCAAAAACCAGCUGUGGAGAUCAAGACCAAACAACAAAAGCAGGAAACACAGAUUUUAGAUUCAAAAAAAGCAUACAACAUGAAUAUCUUUAUCAAGAGUAUCACCAAAAAGAUUCCGUUUGAUGAAAUUCGCUACUAUUUUAUUCGCCUGGAUCCUUACUUUUUAGACGAGCAGAUUAUACUGAAUUUACUCAAAUACUUACCUUCCGAAGAAGAAGCGAAAAAGAUAUCAGCGUACAAUGAUUCACCCUUGGAGGAAGUAGAGAAGUUGGGUAUUCCAGAAAAGUUUUGUCUUCAGAUGCUCAAGAUCAAGCGACUAAAAGAGCGAUUGGAGUGUAUGCUAAUUAAAUCGACAUUCUGGGAGAGAUACACGGUUCUGCACAAGCAAAUGACAUCAGUCUACAAUGCAUCGCUGGCCCUCAAGGACGCAAAGAAUUUCAAAGAACUGUUGCAUUUGGUGCUGUUGCUUGGAAACUUUUUGAAUGGAAAUACAUACCGUGGUGGUGCAUUUGGCAUCAAGAUUGCCAGUAUCAACAAGUUGAUUGAUACCAAAGGCACAUCAAAAUCAACCACGUUGCUGCAUUUUCUAGUAGAUGCUGUUGAAAAGAACUUUCCCAAUGUUUUGGCCUUUUUGGAAGAGUUGGACGAAUGUGGAUUGGCUUCCAAAGUGUCUCGAUCGGAAAUGGCAGUCGAAUAUCAAACAGUCGAGUCUGAUCUAAACAAGCUGGAAACCGAGCUACAUGAGCAUUACCCCAUAAAAGAAGAUCAAGAUCAAGGCGUUGAACUGGACAAGUUUUCUUCGGCCAUGCACGCAUUUUACAAGGAGGCGUCUACUGAAUUCAAGCGAAUUUGCAUGUUGUCGAAAAAGAUGGAUGAAUCCUAUGAUCAGGCAGUUAAAUUCUACGGUGAAGAUCCCAAAAAGAUGCAGCCAGACGAGUUUUUCGGUAUAUUCAAAGAGUUUACGGAUUCUUGGGAAAAGUGUUCAGCCGAUUCCAGAGAAGUUCGACUCAAACAAGACCGCAUCGACAAGCAAAAGAAGAGGGAACAAGAGCGACGAAAGCGAGCAAAUAGUAAUGCGGGUACAUUAAAAGGAAAAGCUGGCGAUACCGAGGAUGACAAGGCUAUUUUACACAGUUUGUUGGACAAGCUGAAAAAGGAUACACUGGAUGUCAAGGUUAGACGUAGAAGUGACCGACAAAGAAACAGACAGCGCUCUACCAGUGUCAGCACUGCACUGCAGCAAUCUUUCUCUACACAACAGCCUCAUCAUGCGGAUUCCAUUUAUCUCAAGGCAAACAAGAUGCUUCGUAAUAUCCAAGGCGAAAAUAGCUCGAGUCUCUUGUUGGAUGGCAGCGGCAACAAUGGUAGUCCUACUAUAUUUGAUUUUAGUCAUAGCCCACAUCCCAUGUCGAGUACAUUUGAUCACUUGCAUGGUGGCAGACGACGCAUGAGUGCUUCGGUAACUAUGAGUGGACCCUCAUUCAAGCCAUUAUUUUUUGACAAGGAUGCUGUGGACAGCCCAAUGACAGCACAUGCAUCUUACAGCGUUAUUCCAGAGGAAACUAAAUCAACUGCAAUUCAUCAUAGACGACAUGCUAGACCCUUAUCUGCCAUUAUCGUGCCAAAACCUAGCUUAUCAUCACAAUCCCAAAACUCAGCACAUGCCACAACACCCACCACUGCCACGACAUUGCUCGCAGCUACCAAACCUUUGCGUGUGAGAAAAACAAGCAAGCGACCCAUAUUUGACCAUACAUUGAGAGUAAGAGCUAGGCGGAUGAGCACAAGGUAG